AUGUCAACCUGGUCACCCACCUCGUGGCGCACCAAGCCCAUUACUCAAGAUGUGACCUACCCCGACGCAGCGCACCAUGACCGCGUCCUGCGCAAGCUAAGGACACUUCCCCCGCUCGUUUCUGAACAAGAGGUCGACUCACUCGCAGAGCAGAUGGCGGAAGUCGCGGCCGGCCGCGCGUUCCUCUUACAAGGAGGCGACUGUGCCGAGCUGUUUGAGUACUGUUCCCAGACUCCCAUCGAGCACAAGCUCUCGCUCAUCCUUAUCAUGUCCCUCAUUCUCUUAAACGCGGCGCACAUCCCGAUCGUGCGCAUCAUGCGGAUCGCAGGCCAGUACGCCAAGCCUCGCUCCAAGCCGACGGAGAUCGUCGAUGUCGCCGACGCCAACGGGAAUAUGGUGAAGAAGGAGGUCAUGAGCUACCGCGGCGACAACGUGAACGGCUACGACAUCAACGACCGCACUCCUGACCCGGACCGCCUGACUGCGGCCUACUUCCACUCGUCAACAACUCUGGGCUACAUCCGCACAUUGCUCUCCUCGGGCUUUGCGGACCUUCACAAGCCGCUCGAGUGGAGCUUCUCGUACGUCCGCAACCCCGAGCUGUUGAAGCAGUUCACGGACGUCGUCGAACACCUCCAGGACCGCCUCGAGUUUAUGAAGGUUGCGACCGGCGCGGCCGGUGGUUCGGAGCGCGGAGGCACCCAGACCGUCAACAUCUUCACCUCCCACGAAGCUCUUCUCCUCGAGUACGAGGAGGCGUUUACGCGUGCGGAGGAGCACAAGCCGUCAAACUUGACCCCUGCCUCACGCCCCACCACUCCUGGACCAAGCCGUUCCGCCUCGAUUGUGCGCGGCGAACAGUCGCCUGCUUCGUCGGGUAUCCUUCCCAAAAAGCGCUUCUACAACAGGAGUGCGCACUUUGUCUGGAUUGGCGAUCGGACGCGCCAGCUCGACGGGGCACACAUUGAGUACUUCCGGGGUAUUGUCAACCCAAUCGGCGUCAAGGUCGGCCCCAGCAUGAAGCCCGACGAGCUCGUGCGCAUGCUCGACAUUCUCAACCCCGACAGAAUUCCGGGCAAGGUCACUCUCAUCUCGCGCUACGGUGCGGCCAAGAUCGAUGACUACCUUCCCACCCACAUUGACGCUGUCAAGGCGACCGACCACGUCGUUGUCUGGCAGUGCGACCCGAUGCACGGGAAUACCAAGACGUCUGAGGCAGACUCGAGCCUCAAGACCCGCCACUUCAGCGAUAUCAUGCACGAAAUCACGCGCGCGUUCGAGAUCCACCGCGAGAAAGGCACCAUCCUCGGCGGUAUCCACCUCGAGCUCACUGGCGAACUUAACGACGAGGGAUACUCUGUUACUGAGUGUAUCGGCGGCUCGAUGGAGCUCGAGGACAAGGACCUCAAUCUCAACUACCGCACGCACUGCGACCCGCGCCUCAACUACGAGCAGAGCCUCGACGUCGCCUUUCAGGUGUCCGACUAUCUCUCGGCCGCCAAGAAGGGACGCAAGCCGCGCGACCUCUUCAAGGCUGCGCGCAAGUAA